UGUUUCUUUUGCUUACUAUUAUGGCAAUGACCACACCUACGUACCCAUUUGGGGUUAAGACCCCCUAUCAUUUUUCUAUCAGACCUUCGCAUUCCCGAUCCUUUUGCUCACACCACCCGCUCAAUCUUGCCUCAUUCGGUGGAUCCCUUCAGGCUCCAACUUCAGGCAGGAGAAUAGGUCUGAGGGUUGUUUGUAAUGUACAAAACCUACAUGUUCUCACCAGGAAUGAACCCGAAAGUCAAGCUUCACAAGGAUCAAUCAAACAGUUAUCAUGUGUGAUGAAGUUUGGUGGAUCAUCUUUGGCCUCGGCAGAAAGGAUGAAACAAGUCGCUCAUCUUAUCCUCAGCUUCCYACAAGAGACUCCUGUCAUUGUCCUCUCUGCUAUGGGCAAGACCACCAACAAUCUUUUAAUGGCUGGAGAGAAGGCUGCAAGUUGUGUUUCCCCUGUGUCUGAACUUGAUGAAUUGAGCUUUGUGAAAGAACUACACCAUAGGACAGUGGAUGAGCUUGGAUUAGACAAAACACUCAUUACAGACCACCUAGAAAAAUUAGAGCGACUUCUGAACGGGAUUGCAGUACUAAAAGAGUUCACGCCUCGUGCAAAAGACUACCUAGUCUCAUUUGGAGAGUGCAUGUCCACAAKAAUAUUUUCUGCAURCUUGAAUAAAAUCGGCGUCAAAGCGCGCCAWGUAUGUGAUUUUUUCAUCACUUUUAAUAUGCUCAAAGUUUUCAAGCACUGGUGAUGUCUUCUUUGUCAUUUGCUGCCUAAUAUUUGUAUGAAGCUUGUAAUCCAUGUGGAAUUCUAAAUUGUAGAUAUCUACUUGCCACCAUUUUCUUGCCCCAAAUUUCAUUUGAUUCAGAUUUACUUCCCCAAAUGAAAGCUUGGCAGCUUCUGUUGCUUCCAUCUUGUUCUUUUCUUUAUAUUAGUAAACAACUCGGUAGUACAAGUGCAUGUUGAUGAAGAUUAUUAUCUGAUAACAAUUUACCUUUUAGUUAAGGGUUUUUGGUUGGUUUUCCAUUAAAUCUUUGUAUGGAUAAAGUUGUCUAUGUUUUUAAUAGAUAGAAGGAGCGUGUUUUUAAUUGGGAGGGUCUUUUCUAUAAUAGAGAUGGAAAUGCUUUCGUUUGGGAGGGUUUUUGAGGGUAUUUUCUAUAAUAGAGAUGGAAAUGUUUUCGUUUGGGAGGGUUUUUYCAUAGAURGAAGGAACGUGUUUUUAAUUGUGAGGGACGGGUUUGGGAAAACUUGGUUUUCUGCAUAA